UCAAACUUAAUUGAUUCGUUACCGGUGGGCUCUUCUCCUCCCCGAGUGCAUGUUUCCGUAAAACCUUAAUAAAUUUUUAUUUGUUCUGGGUGGGCGAGGAGAAACCAAGAGAAAAUCUCGUGACCCUGUUCUCUCCAGAGCGCACAAUCUCUCCUUUCCUCGUUCUUCUUCCUCCCAUCAAUCGAUGUAAUACAACCCUUGUUUCGAGCUUCUCGUAGGGCCUAGUGGAUAUUAAGUUUUGCCACCUACAGCGAUCGACUGAUCGAGGAAGGGAAGGAAGGGAGCAGGAGAUCUCGAUUCCCCCAUGCACGGUUCGGAAUCGAGGUACAAUGCAAAUGAAUCAUCCUAUCUCAAAGCUAGCUCUGGUGUGGUUAACACUUCUCGGCUCAGUUCUUGUCUCCUCCUUUGCGGAGCUCGAGUUUGGUCAUUGUGAGAGAGUUGUGAAGAGAUGGGCAGAUACUUCUACUUCUGGUGAAGAAGAUCCUAACAAAGACAAACGCUCGCUUAAGGAUCUGCUCUUCUUUCUCCAUGUUCCUCGAACUGGAGGCGGAACUUAUUUCCACUGUUUCUUGAGGAAGUUGUAUGAUCACGCUGAGGAAUGUCCUCGUUCUUACGACAAGCUCCAUUUCGAUCCUAG